UGUCUUUCAUAGCGUUCUAUUAAUAACAAGCCUACAAUGACAUUCUUGGCCAAUUCACUUCCCAGCCACUAUCUUUCUUUCCCAGCCCUUUCACUCUGCCUCAUCAUCCUUGCAUUGCCCACUUUUUUUGAUUAUGCUGCUUUUGCUUCUUCCUUAACUGGAAAACAAGCAAGUGAAGCAACGGCUCUCUUCACGUGGAAAGCUAGUCUUCACAACCAAACUCAAACUUUCCUGUCCUCCUGGGUUGGAACCAACCAUUGCACUUGGCUUGGAAUUCGUUGCAACAAGGCCGGCAGAGUUGCCCAUAUAGACCUUCCCAGUUAUGGUUUGAAAGGUACUCUUUCUAAUCUUAAUUUCUCAUCCUUUCCUCAUCUCCUCACCCUUCAACUUUUUAACAAUUCACUUUAUGGGACCAUCCCUCCUCAUAUUGGUAGCCUUUGGAGACUCACCUACCUUAGCUUGCCUCUCAACAAUCUCUCCGGAACAAUUCCGACCGAAAUAGGCCAACUAACUAAUCUAAGGAUCUUGUACAUGUAUGGAAACCAAAUCGGUGGCUCCAUUCCUCAACAAAUAGGAUUGCUCAGCUCUCUCAAUGAGCUCAGCUUGUCUACUAACAAUCUCAAGGGCUUAAUCCCUUCUUCAAUUGGAAACUUGGGCAACUUAACCGUUUUGUACCUUUUUAACAACCAACUUUCUGGAUCAAUCCCUCAAGAAAUGGGAUGCUAAGGUCUCUCGUUGAUCUUGCACUCUCAAGGAACAA